GCGAGCCCCGCGCCCUUCGCACCGCGCGCCGUGUUGUCGCAGGGUCCCCGGCCGGACGACUUCGGAGCACCCCGGCAGUCGCCAUGGCUUUCGCGAGCUGGUGGUACAAGACGCAUGUCAAUGAAAAAAACAAUGGAUUGUCUUCCAAACCGGGAGAGAAGAAAAGCACCGAUGAGAAAAGAGCAACAAGCUUUGGAAGCAGUCAGCCCUCCAGAGGCCAUGCUGGUGCCGCCCCAGGUCCCAGGGUGUCAUCUUCCUCUGCCGCCACCAGCCGGUUCUCCAGCAUGAAUUCCACAGAACCCAAGACUGUAAAGACAGAACCCGAGAAGAAGUCACAGUCAACAAAGCCAUCUGCACUUCGUGAGAAAAAGGCCAAAGAAACAGAAACGAAGGAACACAAGGAGCCCGAGCAUGCAGCAGCAGCCGGCGACCAGCGGGCCCCUAGUGGACACGCAGCGUCCAGCUCAAGUGAGCAGCCGCCGCCGCCGGAGAAAUCUGCAAAACCAAAGGUGAAACCCCAGGAUGCCCCGACUGCGGGGAAACAGAGUGCGGUCGCGGCUGUGUCUGCAUCCAGCAGAACCGAUGAUAAGAAAAAAGAAAACAAAUCAUCGGCAUCGGCUGUGCCCGCUGAAUCAGCACCAGGCGAACCAUCUGGGAAGUCAGGCAUGGAUGCUGCUCUGGAUGACCUCAUAGACACUUUGGGGACGCCUGAGGGAGUCACUGAAGACGACUCCGCGUACACGGGACCCGAAGUUUCAGAUCCAAUGACUUCGAAGUACAUAGAGGAAUUGGGUAAAAGAGAAGUCACAAUACCUCCAAAGUAUAGGGAGCUUUUGGCUAAAACAGAAGGGGUGGCGGGCCCUCCUGCAGACGCCGCGGCACCAGUGGGGCCUGACGAGGCCAUUGACGCGCUGUCCUCUGAUUUCACCUGCAGUCCUGCCGCUGGUGGCCAGGAGGAGAAACCCUCCGGAGAGGUGUUAAAGGCUCAGUCUGCCAAGGUGAUCCGAAGUGCCGCUCCUCCCCACGAGAAGAAGAGGAAGGUGGAGAAGGAGGCCAUGAGCGACCAGGCCCUGGACGCACUCUCAGAGUCUCUGGGCAGCCGCGAGCCGGACCCCGAGCUGGACCUCAGCUCCCUGCGGGAGGUGGCCGAGGCAAAAGCCAAAGAGGAGAAAGUGAAGAAGUGCGGGGAGGAGGAUGAAACCGUCCCAUCCGAGUACAGGCUGAGAGCAGCCACGGAUAAAGAUGGAAAACCACUAUUGCCAAAGCCGGAGGAAAAAUCCAAGCCACUCAGUGAAUCAGAACUCAUCGAUGAACUCUCUGCAGAUUUUGAUUCAUCCAAACGGAAAGAAGAAAAACAGAAGCCAAUUGAAAAAACAAAAGAACCUCGGGCCAGCGCCCCCAAACCAGUGGUGGAGACGGUGCCACGGGCCUCUCUCUGCAGUAUCCAGGCGGCCCCCGCCAAGCCGGCGCCCGCGAAGGCCGGGAUGUCCGACGAAGCUGUGGAUGCCCUGGCGGGGAGCCUGAGCAGGAGGGAGGAGGACCCCGAAGAGAGCCAGCCUGCCGAGGACCGCGUCCAGGAGAAAGCCGAGGAGGAGGAUCGCGAGAAGCUUGGUGAGAAGGAAGAGACAAUCCCUCCGGACUACAGGCUUGAAGAGGUCACGGACGAGCCUGGAAAACCCGCCCCGCGCCCUGCGUCCCGAGACCCGCUCUCCCCCAUGAGUGAUGAUUUCCUCCUGGACGCCCUGUCUAAAGACUUUGAUGGCUCUGCCACCAGUGCGCCUCUCAAAUUGGAUGAAGGAAAACUUUCUGCUGCUGUCUCCGAAGUGGUUUCCCAGAGCUCGGCGUCCGCCACGCAUACGGCAGGCCCGCCCCCACCCGCUCCGCAGCCUGACAACAAAGCACUUGACGAUGCCCUGGAUCAACUUUCUGACAGUCUAGGGAAAAGGCAGCCGGAUCCAGAUGACGGCAAGCCCAUGGAGGACAAAGUCAAGGAAAAAGCCAAAGCUGAACAUAGAGACAAACUGGGAGAAAGAGAUGACACCAUUCCCCCGGAGUACAGACACCUCUUAGAUAACGAUGAUAAGAGCAAACCAGCGAAGCCCUCUCCGAAGAAGUCCCCGGCAUCCAAGAAACCGACCAGUGAUCAAGACGCCAUCGACGCCCUCUCGGGGGACUUCGACAACUGUCCCACCACUGCCCAGACCUCUGAGAACACAGCAGCUAAGGACAAAGACAAGAAGGCUGCCUCCCACUCCAAAGCCCCCAAGCACGGGGGCAAGGCGAAGAGCUCUGCCAAGAACAAGGAAGAAACUCCCAAGCCCAAAGCUGAUGACAAAAAUACAAGUUAAAGUCGACACUAUUUGGGACUCGGCACAUAAAAUCUUCAGCUGGUGGAUGGUGACUUGAAGAACAAAAGACUUUGACAACAGAACAUUUUCCGGGGCGGCUUUGAGACAGUGAUAUUUGUUGAGACUUUUGGCAUCGUAAACAUUGAUAUUUUUUUUUUCCUGAAAAGGAAAAAAAAAGUGUCUGGUUCACCUGUGUUACAUUGAGUAUUGAUAAACUGAAUUUUUAAAAAUUGCCUUCAGUUAGAAAGAAUUUUAUAUUUUUAAGAGAUAUAUUUGCUAUAGUUUCUUAAGGCAACUCCAGAAACCAAAGCUAAAAUCUUUGCAAACUUUUGCACAUUCUCCACACAGUGCCUGUCCAUCUCCCGUGGGUUUCGGUUUCUCUUCCCUGUGGUUGGCAGUCCCAAAGCAAUGCUUCAGACCUUGUUCAGUGUUCUGAGUUCUCAUCACCCCUUUCCUCUUGGGCUUUUGAACUGUAUAUAAUAUUUUCUUUGGGUGAAUGUUUAUAAGUCAAGCAAAACAUUGUAUAUCGGGCACAUAUCUCCCCUCGGGCUGCUAAUAAUAAACAUAUCUACUCCCUGGGCACGCCAGCAAGCUCGCCCUCUCCUGCUUGCCGUCUUCUUUGUUAGAGGUUGGGACUCUCUUGCACCUUAGAGACAGCACAGAACAUCCAGAGACUUGAAUCAAGUCAGGAGAAGAGCAAAAUGCAGAAGACGGUCACUGCAGAGAAAUCCCAGAAAGAAGCUAAAACAUCUAAUUCUCGGAAUAUUCAGAUGCUUGAACUCCCUUGGUCCAUACCAUUAUUGGGUUGGACUUCCUGUUUUCUAGACAUAAAACCUGCUACAUACUUGUUUACAGACAUUGCCACUUGAGUCUUUGCACUGCAGAGCACCUGUCUGCCUUUACGGGAAACAGCUUUGCCUAAUAUGAAAACAAUUUGCACUUUGACAAAUCAACCUAUAUCGGAAAUGUAGAACUGCUUUACCCUCACACCACAGUUUAAAGCCUGGACUUUUAACGUACUCCUUUUGACUAAUUUCUCUGAAGUUUGGUCUCAAGAAGUUCCCUUGCAACACCAGGCAUAUGGGCUGGGAGAAGGCUUCUGGGGGCACAGACUUGGGAGUGGAGGAGCCCCGGGCUUGAUUCUGGGCACCACCGGGAACACCCCUGGGAGCAGCCCCUGAGUUGAGCACGGCCCCCAAAUAAACAUAACAAAAGUCAUGGGCAUACCUAAGAGGUUACUUAAAGCACUUAACCCACUUUGAACCUCUUGCCCAUCAGAGAUGUAGGCUCGCUGUUACUAUAAAUCCGUCAACUCUCAGUGUUAGUGUGACCUAACAGAACUUCUCAAGGCAUUAAGAAAAGAUGCUUUUGCUAAGAGAUUGUAUCUAGUCAUCUACUUUUUCCAUUUGAGUGGCAUAAAGUUGUUUGAUUGGUGAAUAUAAUUGAACUCUUUGAUACUGUGGGUUGAGUUUGCAGGGAUAUGGUGACAGUAUUGAUGGUUUGCUUACCUAGAUCAAUGUAUUUUUAAGUGACAAUAUUAAAAUUGAGAAACACAAGACAUACCUAUGAAAGUACAAAAUUUGUACUUUGACACUUAUUUAAGGUACUUUGACAUUUAUUUAAGGUACUUUGUAAAUGCCUUAUUAGAAAUGUCACUAAGACAUACAUUGUGUUUGCCCAUAAUGAGAGAUGAUGUGAGUACAUGAUCUAUAUUAGUCCUUUUUUACCCAUAUAGUUAGAAAUAGAUGAUUGCAGGUAAAUGCUUAGAGGGAACUAAUUUUCUAUUACCAGAAAGGUUUCUGUACCUCGUGUGGCAAUGCUGUGUCUUCUGAGAAAACAGGCUUCUCUAACGUAAAGGAAGAUGGGUUCCUCAGGUGAUCCAAACUAUGACUAUCUCCAUGUUUUAUUAAUCAAAAUAUAAAAUACAAUUAAAUAAAAAUAUUUUACA